GAGCGACUUCGACGACGGGGUCCUCUUGGGGCCGCACUUCACGCUCGACGUGAGGUCGGAGAUCGCCAAGAGGCACGGGGGCCCGGUGCAGCGCCGCGCGACGGGGAAGCACGAGGACAAACUGAACAAUGACGAGUACAGCGCCGAGGCCCACGGGAUGCCGUCGGAGAUCUUGGAGCUGAUGAAGUGGGUUGCCAAGUUGGCGGCCAGGAAAUCGGCGAUCACGAAGGAGGCGCAAGGCGGCAGUGGAGAGGGCUCUGGCGCGGGCUCCUCCUGGGAAAUUAUGAUGAAGGGCGAGGCUGAGGGGUGGCCGACCUCAGCCAGUACCAACAGGCCGCUGGGGCGCAUGGUGCCAAGGGACUUGCUGCCGCUGCCCAUGGCGCCGCUCGACCCAGCACGCGAGUCGAGGGCCCUUCCUCGACGCCCCGCGCAGAAGCUCGGCCGUGAUACUGCCAUCGGCCGCCGCGUGAGCGAUUACAUCGCCGCCCUCGACGACCUGCGCGGGGCGCAGUUUUCCGCUGUGGAUAUGAUCUGGGCGGCGGUCGCUGGCGACAAGCCGCCCGAUGACCUCCCCAGCCCCGAGGCAGCCCUGAAGGAGUUGCUCGGCUCGGACACUUUGGGCUACAGCCCAGAAGGUCCCACUGUGCUUUCGCCGUGCGACCGCGAUCUUGUCUCGUGGCCCGGAUCGGCGGGCUGCGUGAGCUUGUUGGAGGUGCCACCGGAGCCAGAUCGCCAGGAGGUGAUCGACGGUGAGAGUUCGCUUUUACGUCGCGCUGAUGAGGUGCGCCCUAACGCCGCAAAGGUGUGCUGGGAUAAGACCCUGCGCAGCAACAGAGACGAGCGCGCGACUUUCGUCCAGGACUUGCCGCGGCAGGCGCCGGGGCGGCCCGCCUCGAUCCACAUGGCGUCGACGGCGGCGCUGUUGGGCCUUGAGACAGAGCCCGGCGUGCAGCUGGAGUUCUCCAUUGAGGACAUCGCCGAUUGCUUCUACGAGCUCAGGGCGCCAAACUGCAUGAUCCGGUGGUUUGGGAUGCGGCCGCUGCGGGCGCGAGAGCUGGGCGAUAAGGAGGUGCAGGGUCAGGGCGUGGCCGGUGGCGCGUGGAUUUACCCAUGUCUGAAGGUGCUGCCCAUGGGGUUCCCGUGGGCGAUGCGAUGGGCCCAGCAGGCGCAUCGCGAGCUGCUCCGCCGCGGCGGGCUCGGCGGCAUCGAGAGCGAGUUGGUGGCCCGCCAGCUGGCCCCAGAGCUGGUCGCCCAGCUGUUGCCGCGCGCGGUGUGCGUCGACAAUGAGAUCUUCGCGUCGCCCCAGCCCGGGGCGACCAAGCGGGCGCGCGGGCGGGCCGCCGCGGUGAUGGCGCAGGUCGGGCUGCCGUUGCGCGAGGUGGAGGAGGGUCAGAACGCGGUGGCGGCGCUGGGGCUGGAGCUGGGCGGUGUCCAGCUGCUGCAGGCGCGGCUGGCGCAGGCGAAGCGCUGGCGUUUGCUGCUUGGCACGAAGGCUCUCCUGCGGCGCAGGCUCGCUGCGGGUCAAGAGGUGGAGAAGGUGAUCGGCCACUUCACGCGCGCGAUGCGGCUGAACAGGCCGGCCCUGGGCGCCUUCAGGUCGGUCUGCGACUUCGUGGGGCGACACUGCCGGGGGCCCGCUGCCUUGUGGCCUUCGGUGAGGCAGGAGCUGCGCUUCGCGAUGAGUUUGCUGCCGCUGUUCAUGGUCGAGUUCAGCCUGCCGCGGUCCGGGCGGGUGACCUGUUCGAAUGCCGCGCUCAGAGAUUACGCCGUGCAGGAGGCCGACGUCGACCCGAAGGCGGUGCGUGAGGUGGGGCGUCGGAGCGAGCGCUGGCGCUUCCGCGUCGCGCAGGAGACCCGCCGGGCCUCGAAGUCGUCCGAGCUGCUGCCGAUCCUCCUGCGGGUUUCUCGGGAGGGCCUGUCGGCGCUGGGAUUUAUGGAAGUCUUGGGCAGGUCCGUCUUGGUGCCCUGCCAGGGGCGCAUGGUGGGCCUCGUCGUGGAUGUCAAGACGAUGUUGGCGACCUCGCAGGGCUCGCGGGGGACCUGCGAGGGCCUCCUCAUGCUCCGG